AUGAACCAAACCAACGCCGGCACGAUACAUGAGACAAAGGAUGUAUUCACAGAAACUCAAAAGAUAGCCUAUAUCGGACUUUGUUAUCUGACCAGCUUAGAGGUCGUUCAUGAUUAUCAAGGCAAAGAAUUUGCAAUGGCAAGAAUGAGUGCAGAUAAUUGGCAAAGAAAACUCAUGCGGAUGCUUUACGCACAUAUGGAUAUUUCUGGCGAAGAAAUCAAGAUGAUUGAAUCAUUAUCCAAACAUAGCAUCUUACCCACCGACCUCGUUCAUCAAUUCACAUCUCAGGGCGACACGGCAGAAGUCAAAUUGGAUGAUUUCGUCAAGAGUAAUAAUGUAAUCGAUGACGAUAAGGUCAUCAUUGAUCUACGCUGGACAGUAAUGUGCGAUUUGUUUUUAAUCUGCCUUAGUAACGAAAACUAUGAUGCUCGUUCAAGGGUGUUUGUAGCUCGCAUCGCUUCUUACCUGUCUCUCGACUGGUUUCAAGUCAUUGGAUUUGAAAAAAGAAUCGCUGAACAUCUUUUGCAGGACGUCUCUUGGGAGACAGAGACGGUCAACAGCGGAGACGGGUCGAUCAAGAGUGAUGCCGAGCGUUAUGGCAGAAACAAGCAACGCAAGAAGAGACGCUAUGUCAUGGUAGGCCUAGCAACCAUUGGUGGUGGCCUUAUCUUGGGCCUUAGUGCAGGUCUGAUGGCCCCUGUCAUCGCUGGUGGAUUAGGCGUCAUCUUAUCUACCGUGGGCGUCACAGGCACAGCAAGUUUUCUUGGUGGUACAGCAGGUAUUGCUCUCAUCACUGGUGGCGCCACUGUGGCCGGCGGUCGUCUUGGUGGCAGAAGUAUGAGCAGACGUAUGAAGUCCAUCAAUACCUUUGAUUUCCUUCCGAUACAUUCUGAAGACAAUGUCAGUUGUAUAGUUACCAUUAAUGGUUGGUUAUCAAAUAAGGAAAAAGAAGAAGCGUCUUUGCCCUUUAGUACCCUUGACGCCAUCAUGGGCGACCACUACACACUUUAUUGGGAGCCCGAAAUGCUAGAGGAACUAGGUAGUGCAUUCAAGAUCCUUGCCACUGAGGCUGUCACGUUUUCCAUUCAACAAGCGCUGGCACACACCAUCAUGGGUGCUCUCCUAUCGGGGCUUGCUUGGCCAUUGGCAUUAACCAAGAUAGGCUAUAUGGUAGAUAACCCUUGGGCGAACGCGCUUGACCGAUCCAAGGUAGCUGGCCUAGUCCUUGCGGAUGUACUCAUGAACCGUAAUCUGGGGUCGCGGCCUAUUACACUUGUUGGAUAUUCACUUGGUGCACGUGUUAUAUUUUACUGUUUAUUAGAGCUAGCACGUAUGAAAGCAUAUGGUUUAGUCGAAAACGUCGUUCUCUUUGGCACACCCGUCAGUGCAUCCAAGGCACAGUGGAAGGAGUGCACCACAGUUGUAUCUGGUCGAUUUGUUAAUGGCUAUGCAACCAAUGACUGGUUGCUUGGCUUCCUCUUUCGAACGUCCACCGCUGGCUUAGGUAACAUUGCUGGUCUACGCCCACUUUCUCAUAUUGAAGGAAACCGCGUGCAAAAUCUGGAUUGCACAGACUUGGUUACAGGUCAUUUGAGCUACCGAACGAGCAUGCCUAAACUAUUGAAACGCGCUGGAUUCAUGGUAUCGUCAGAAGAAUUACCAAUUCCAAAGGAAAAGUCUACAGGGGGCAUCGUUAGCUUUAUAAAGCCCAAGAAAGGAAACUUGGAAGGGGAGAUACCUGAGGUAAGAGAGAAAUAA